UCUUUUUUUUUUUGUUCCGCCAGAGCAUCUCUCUCCUUCUCUCUCUACACCGCCCACUCCACUCACCGCCGCCUCGCCGGCUUCUUCGCCUCACUACAUCGCCCGCUGCCCUUUGCUGCCUUUUUUUAGGGAGAAGAAACCGUGCAUUUUGGAACCAAACAAAAUAUAUAAAUACCACUAUGGCGAGUACCGAGGAUAAACCUGCCAACAAGGAGAAUGUGUCCAGCUGGAAGGACUCCUUCUACAACCCGAGGACCGGGGAGCUGAUGGGUCGCACGGCCAGCAGCUGGGCCCUCAUCCUGUUGUUCUACCUGGUUUUCUACUGUUUCCUGGCUGGUAUGUUUGCCCUGACCAUGUGGGUGAUGCUGCUCACUCUGGAUGACUAUGUGCCGAAGUACCGAGACCGUGUUCCCUAUCCAGGAUUGGUGAUUCGUCCCAAUUCAUUGGAUAUCACAUUCAAUAAAUCUGACCCGCUGAAGUAUGCAGAUUAUGUCCAACACCUGGAGUCCUUCCUGCAAAGAUAUAAUGAUACAGAGCAGGAGAAGAACGAGGAGUGCCCACAAGGAGAGUAUUUCAUGCAGGAUGACAGCGAGGACAUGACGAAGAAAGCUUGUCGCUUCAAGAGGGGCGUCCUGAGUCUCUGCUCUGGCCUCUCUGACACCAACUUUGGCUACUCUGAGGGAAAACCCUGCGUGCUGCUGAAGAUGAACAGGAUCAUCGGCCUGAAACCUCGUGGGGAUCCCUACAUCAACUGCACAGUAAAAAGAGACAACCCAAUCCAAAUGCAGUAUUUCCCCAGUGAGGGGCGUAUUGAUAAGAUGUAUUUCCCCUACUACGGCAAGAAAGCCCAUGAGACUUACGUGCAGCCCCUGGUGGCAGUGAAGCUGCUGCUCACCAAGGAGGACUACAACAAGGAGCUGUCGGUGGAGUGCAGGGUAGAGGGCUCUGACCUCCGGAACAACGAUGAGAGGGAUAAGUUCCUGGGCCGCGUUACCUUCAGGAUCAAGGUGGUGGAGUAAAAGUGAAGACGGCCAGUAAAAGAGAAACCCGAAGCAGAGGCUGCCAACGUUUGCUAAGGAUAUAUGUUUAAAAAUGUAAAAAAAUAAUAAUAAUAAUAAAAACAAUGGAAGGAAGUGUCAAAUAGGUCACAAAGGCGGCAUUUUGGAGAUGUGGCCAAACAGUCUGAUGAAGUUUGGUUUCCAGUAGGAGAGCCAGUAAAAUACAGAUAUUGAUUGUU